AUGUCUCAAAACGGUGGUUUGGAUUCAAUGCUAGAUCAAGCAUAUCAUUUUCUGAAGGAGACUCCAGAGCAGAUUACAUAUAACAUUCGUCGAUACUAUAAGAAAACUCAAAGACUGUUGAGUAUGCUGAAAACAGGCUGA